AAGCAACUUUUGCCGAUUAAUAAUAUAAACAUUAAGAUUGCUAGUAUCACUUGUCAAUUGGGAACGUUUUAGAAAGAAAUUAAGUAAAGUAAGGUAAAGAUGAAACAUUUUACUUGUUACGGAUCCAAAUACGAUAUAUAAUAUAUUGCUUUAUUAUUCAAUAUCGAAAGACUUUUCACUUCGUGCAAAUGUAUUACUAAGUUUAGAAUAUUGGCAAUCCUGAUGAUGAAUGAAUCAUCAUAUAGUUGAUAGCAGUCAACUAACAGAUGUGUAAAUCCAUUACAAUAACAAAUAAACAUGAGCCUGCACUGGACUUUAAUCGCUGGAUUUCUUUAUUUUGAAAUUGUAGUAGUUUUAUUAUUAGUACUACCAAUUAUUUCACCUAAAAGAUGGCAGAAGCUUUUUAAAUCUAAAUUUCUAAAAAGUUUAAGUAGUCAAGCAUCAGUUUACUUCUUAUUUUUACUUGGAAUAUUGGUUUUGUUUCUAUUGGACGCUAUUAGAGAAAUGCGAAAAUAUUCUACAGUUACUGAACAUAAAGAAUAUCAUUUGAAUGCUGAAAUGCAAGGCAAUAUGAGAUUAUUCAGAGCUGAACGAAACUUUUACAUAGCUGGUUUCGCACUGUUUCUAAGUCUUGUUAUACAUCGACUUGUGAUUUUAAUUUCUACUCAAGCCACUCUGUUGGCACAAAAUGAAGCAGCUAUGCGCCAGGCUGAAUCUGCUACUACAACAGCGAAGCAUUUAUUGUCCCAAAAAACAAUUGGAGAGAUCGCACAAAAUGACUCAAAUGAAGCUCAUGAUGAGGAAAUAACAGAAUGGAAGAAUCAAGUUAAGGAACUGCAAGCGAAAAAUCAAGAAUUGGAACAUCAGCUUACAAAAGAAAAGAAAGAUAAAGAAGCUAUAAAAUCACAAGCUGAAUCUCUUACCAAGGAAUACGAUCGCUUAAACGACGAACAUAGCAAAUGUCUUAGUUCAAGCGGUAAUAAGAAAAGUGAUUAAAUGAUGGUUUUGUUACAUCCUCUAUUCCUUUUUAAGUUUUUCUCCUUCGUUAUUUAAUAUUUACAUCAAAUUUUGUUAUAAUGCAUAUUUUAUAUUAUAUACAUAUAUUAUAUAUGAUAUAUAUAUAUUAUACAUUAAUUUGUGUAUUGUAUAGUAUUGUAUGGAGGAAAAAUUGUGAAAGUAUAAAAGUAUUUAAAAUAAGUAAUUAAUAAAUGUUGUAAAAUAACCCUCGUCCAGCGUAUGUUGGGUUAUUCUUAGUCCUCGCGAAAGGUUCGUGAAGAAAAAUACAUACUAAUCAUAAUAAAACAUGAGAUUAAGUUCAAUAAGACCUUUUUACUUAUUUCUUUUUUAAUUAUCUUUUGUAUUUUGCACCUGUAUCCUAUUAACUACAAUCUGUUUCUCAUGAUAAUAUGCAAAAUACACAUGUCAUAAUACAUAUAUAUAUGUAGAGUUAUAAAAAGCAACAUAAUACGCCGUGUAAAACUAACUAUAUAUAACGGUUCAACCUCUAAACAAUCGUCAUUGUAUGUUUGACAAUCAACAAAAUAACGUAAAGAAACGACUCAAAAACGUACGCAUACGUGUAUUAUUAGUUCUAAGUUAACGUGUUAUCCAUAUUUUCGAAAUUAGACCUAGGUAUAACCACGUCGGAAAAUCGAACUGUUAUUUCAGUUAUUGCCAUAUUUUCGCUAAAGAAUUGAGUUAAAAUGUCAACACCUGCUCGAGGCUGACGAUCAAAUGGAUGAUAUUGCCAUUGCAUAUGGAUCUGGAGACUUCCUAUAUAUACCUCGGUCUACGGUAACACGCAGCAUCUGUGUAACCAGUUGAUUUCGUCCUAUUCAACCUACAUAUAUGUACAUAUAAUGCAAACAACUAUAGAUGUAAUCGAUUAAUUUUAUUUUCUGUAUCGAUGGUUUCGAUAACAGAAGUUGACCAGUAUAUAUCAACUAU